GGGAAUUAAAACAGGGUGAGCUGGAUGACCAUGAAAAACUAGUUUCAGUGCUUCGACAAGUAGAGAUCGUCAUCUCCGCAGUUCCAAUCCCUCAAUACCUUAAGCAACUCAAUAUUAUACAAGCCAUGAAAGAUGCUGGCACCAUCAAGAGGUUUGUUCCUUCUGAGUAUGGAAACGAAGCAGACAGAGUGACAGCUCUUCCACCUUUCGAGGCAAUGCUCUCCAACAAAAGAAAGAUCCGACGAGCCACGGAGGCGGCUGGACUCUCGUACACGUUCAUCUCCGCCAACUCAUUUGCACUGUACUUCGUUAACUAUUUGCUCCAUCCAGAGGAGAAAGACCACCAAGUCAGCAUAUAUGGAAGUGGAAAAGCAAAAGCCGUACUAAAUUAUGAAGGAGAUGUAGCAACUUACAUAGUCAUGGCAGCUACAGAUCCGAGAGCAGCCAACCGGCUUGUUAUCAUAAGGCCUCCGAACAAUGUUGUAUCUCAACUGGAUUUGAUAUCUUCUUGGGAGAAAAAAACUGGGAGAAACAUCAAAAGAGUUCAUGUUCCUGAGGAGGAAAUCAUAAAGCAAACUAAGACAUUGCCUAGUCCGCAGAACAUGCCGCCCGCGAUCCUGCACAACAUAUUUGUGAAAGGCGAUCAGACGAGUUUUGAGCUAACUGAGGAAGAUUUGGAGGCGUCGGAGUUAUACCCUGACUACAAGUAUACUUCAGUGGAUAGGCUUCUUGAUGUGUUUCUGAUUAAGCCCCCUAGGAAGCCUAAGCUUGCAUCCUUCUGAGUGUAGAAAACUAUAAUGUUAUGUCACCGGUGAAAUAGUUACAAUAAAGACCGUCAUGUUGUUGGAGUAGCGUGUACCAAAUGAUAGCGAGAAUAACAAUCCAAUAAUAAAAUUAUAUAUCUUGUGUACUAAUUAAUGGUCCCAUUUGGG